AUGUAUUUCUUGGCAAAAUUGCCUGUACUAACCGUGGAAACCAUAGAAGCAAAGAAGAUUAACGAAGAUGAGAUGCUAGUGUCGUCUUCAAAAGCGAGCGAAUAUCUUGCUCAGCCGAAGUUACCGGUGCCUCGAUUCGUCUUCCAAUUAAUGCUACUUGGAGGAGUCCUGCUCUAUUCAUCGUACACCAUCUUGGUCCAUCUUUGUGAAAUCGACGGUCGUGUUCCUUUCAGCAAUGCAGCAGCUGUUCUUGUCAUCGAAGUUUUAAAGUUAUUCCUCUCCAUUGGAAUGUUUUUGAUGGAGGUGAGGCGUGAACAACAGCAAUCGUUGACCUUGGCGACUCACUAUCUGGCUUUCUUGAGAACACGCCUGCGCAAGGAAUUUUCAGCGGAUGAUAAUGUCAAUACCAGCACCUCUGUCAACAUUAUAAGUCAAUUCUGGAUUGUUGCACCCUUCGCCGUUCCUGCUAUCCUCUAUACCGUGACCAACAACAUUGCCUUUUUCAUCCAAAUGGAAAUGGAUCCAGCCACCUACCAAGUUCUUGGAAAUUUCAAGAUCCUCAGUACGGCUGUUCUAUUUCGACUCAUAAUACGAAGGCCGAUAUCCUACCGACAGUGGUUCGCGUUAUUUCUUCUGCUCGUGGCGGGCAUCAUCAACGGAAUGACAAAUUAUGAUGAAUCCACCACCAACUCCUCCAGCGUGCUCCAUAUCACUCUCAGGGGUAUCAUAAUGAUCAGCAUUUACUGUACAGUCUCCGGUCUCGCCAGCGUCUACACCGAGUAUGUGCUCAAGAAACGUGUCCGUAUGAGCUUAAAUACUCAAAAUGCGACUCUGUACAUAUUUGGCACUAUAACCAAUGGCCUUCUCUACGUGUUUCAGGAGGCUAUCAUCACGGGAAGCUUUAAUAUGCUUCGAGGAUUUUCGGUUUACACGUGGAUCUUGGUUGGAACACAGGCAAUCAGCGGGAUUUUCAUAGGCUUCGUAAUGAAAUACGCCAGUAGCAUUCUUCGUCUUUUCGUAAUAUCGUCAGCCAUGAUCGUGACAACGGUGCUUUCAGUGCUCAUUUUCGGCCUUGUACUCAAAAUCAGCUUUCUCUUCUCUGCCGGACUUGUUGUCUGUGCAUUGAUACUCUACCACUAUUGA